GUAUUUUUAGCUGAAGCAGAUAAACAUUUAGCAGAUCCAGUUAUCGAUAGUCCUAGUUCAAGACAUACAAGAGUUGAAGAUGUAGAUGAUAAAGAUAAUUAUAGUAGUUGUAGUCAGACAGUUGAACAUGAUAAAAAAUACAGAGACAGUAAUGGCAAGUUUGAAAAGAGUAUUAUAGGUGAAAAUAAAGAAAAGGGAAAGGAAAAGAUGACACAACCUGUAGUGCAUAAUUUGAGACGUCAGGUUUAA